AGACAGAGCGAUCUUAGGGCAGCGAUAAGCUUUAUGAUAGAUGUGACUAGUAAAAUGCUACUACCAAAUGGUUCUGGAGAUUGCAGCUCCUCUCGUAAUUGGAGGCGCGACAGUUUGUCUCAGCAGUCAAACUUGCUUAAUUGGAGAGCCACAGAGACACACAGAGACAGCCAGAGAGAGAGAGAGAGAGAGAACUGUGGCUGGGAAACCUGUUUCUCGACCAAUUAAACGCCAGAGAGCCAGAGGCUGGCUGGCUGGCUAAGAGAGAGCAGCCCCUGCCUUUAGACCUGGCCCAGAGACCCGGAGACGUUGAGGUCUGCUGUUGGCGCUGAUCCCCAGACAUUUCGUGUUCCGACGCGCACCGCGACAGUUCCACACUCUGAAACGUCUCUGCCAACCAGUAAUCCCGGCGCAAUUCCCGAUAGUCUAUGAGCGAAUCUGCAGUGCGGAGCAGCAGGAGAAUGGGUUUCAAGCACGCCAUGUUGCAGCGCAGCUACGAGAUGUCGCCCUCGCCAGCGCGCACUUCACCCACAAAUGCAAACAGCAACAGCAGCACCACCAAUGCGUGUCCCCCGGUGGUGGCCCAGGCUCCGGCCCAGGUCACGGACUUUAGCAUCAGUCGGAUAUUGGGCAAGGAGCGGCGAUCGCCCGCAGAUGCCACAGCCAACAUUCUGGAUCUCUCGAAGAGUGCCACCAGCCCACCACAGGCGACAGCAGCAGCAGCAGCAGCAACCCAAGUCCCGAUUGCAGCUACUCCAUAUAUGGGUUACUCCUCCAUGCUGCCGCCGGAUCUGGUGGCCAUGGCGAAUGCCACCAAAUUCUAUGCGCAGUUCUUUCCGCAUCUGCUGCCCGCCUAUGCCGCUGCAGCGGCGGCUGCCGGCCUCAGCACGCCACCCACGUCACCCUACCAGCAACAGCAGCAACAGCAGCACCAGCAGCACCAUCAUCAGCAGCAGCAUCAGCAGAAGCGCUACUUUGCACCCUAUGUGAUCAAUGGACAGGCGCCACCGCCACCACCACUGCAGCAGCAGCUCAACCCCAAUCUAAUCCGUCCAAAAGCCACCGCCUGCACGCGCCCGGACUGCCUGGAGUGCCUGGACUACUACCAAAAGCUACAGGCUGGCUACAAGUGCACGCCUCUGAUAUCACCCGCUGCCUCGUCCGUCAGCAGUUCGAGUAGUUCCGCCGUGCGGCUGCCAGUGCGGGAUCUGGUCAGCAGCAGCGGCGGCAGCACCAACAUCUCGCUGACCACCGUCACCAAUUUCAGUAUGAACACGGCCCAAACGGCCACCGCCGCCGGACUGUUACCAAAAAUGGAUGCCGUCGGCAUGGGAGGCAAUAUCAGCUCCAGCCGCAACAGCUCCAUACAUCCCAUCAAUCCAUAUAAUCCCACUACCGCCGAGGAGAUCAGUUACAAGUGCAGGAUAUGCGAGAAGGUCUUUGGAUGCUCCGAGACUCUACAGGCGCACGAGAAGACACACAAAUCGCCACGUUACGAGUGCUCGGACUGCGGCAAGGGCUUCUCCCAGCUGCGCAACUACAAGUACCACCUGUCGGUGCAUCGCGGGACCAAGGAGUUUGCCGCCGAGUGUCCCGAAUGCGGCAAGACCUUCAACGACAAGGGCUACCUCAGCAGCCACAUGAAGAUCCAUCGGAAUCGCAAGGAAUACGAGUGCCCCUACUGCCCCAAGUCGUUCAACCAGCGUGUCGCCUUCAAUAUGCAUGUGCGCAUCCAUACGGGCGUCAAGCCGCACAAGUGCGCCGAAUGUGGCAAGCGUUUCUCCCGCAAGAUGCUCCUCAAGCAGCACAUGCGCACCCACAGCGGCGAGAAGCCGUACCAGUGCUCCGUUUGCGGCAAAUCCUUUGCCGAUCGCAGCAACAUGACGCUGCACCAUCGCCUGCACUCCGGCAUCAAGCCAUUCAGCUGCCCGCUCUGCCCCAAGGCCUUCACGAAGAAGCAUCACCUGAAGACGCAUCUCAACUACCACACGGGCUGCAAGCCCUACGUCUGUCCGCAUCCGAACUGCAACCAGGCCUUCACCCAGUCCAGCAACAUGCGCACCCAUGCCAAGAAGUGUCAGUAUCGGCCAUUGGAUGCGUCGCCGCCCACGCCAUUUACAGUGUCCGGCAAGACACAGCAACUGGGAGGGCAGAUGCAGCUGCAGCUGCAGCAGCAGGUUCCCACCAGCCUGGCUCUGGCCAUGGCGGCAGCUCCAACGUUUUCUAUGCCACCACCACCGCCACCAGCACAGCAAUCGCUGCUCAGCAAUCUAAGGACAUACUGAGACAGAGAUCGAGAGAGAGAAAGCUGAGCGCAGGAAUUAUCAACCAAAAGUGUAGUCGUAUACUCGUAUUGUAGUCCCUCGUUUUUUCGUUGUUAAUAUUAGAGAUAAGUUUCAAAAGAAAGUUAGUUCUCGAACCCCCCCUCAUAGACUAAUCU